ACACACAGUGUAGUUCUAGAAACCAUUUUGGAUCAAACUGUGACUUCGAGUGUCAUUGUCUGAAUGGUGAACAGUGUAACAGUAGCACAGGAAACUGUCCCUCAGGUUGUGAGUUUGACUGGGUAGGGCCCGGAUGUCAAAGAAGCAAUAUAGUACCUGCAGGACAGACGAAUGAACGUGAAAUUGUGACACGCCAUCAAAGUAACAUACCUCAGAGAAGAAUUGCUUCGCUGGCCGUCGAUAGAGAUUUAUCGACAUGUAGUCAAACAAACUAUGCAAAUAUGUCAAAGGACAUCCCAUGGUGGAGACUCUGGCUUAAAGAUAAAUACAAAAUCAGGAAUAUUUCUAUUGUAACCACCAAAGUGUCCUUAGAUUAUUUCAAGAACUUUAAAGUGACAGUGGGAAACAGUACAUUUCAAAACAGGUAUAACGGUGUCUAUUCUGGCAGAAAAAUAUGUUACAGACAUGAUGACACUGCACCGAGAACAACGACUAUUUCUGUAACUUGUAACAGAGCAAUUUAUGGGAAUCAGAUCAAAAUACGACUUGCAACAAAUGGUACACAACUUGUGUUGUGUGACGUCAGAAUAUAUGGAGAAUGUGACGAUGGAACAUUUGGUGUCAGUUGUACAGAUAGAUGUAGUACUCAUUGUCAAGAUGUAUGUGAUAAGAAUAAUGGGGCGUGUACUUCAUGUAAAUCCGGAUGGACGGGAAACCGCUGCAACCAAGCAUGCAAGUCUGGUUACCACGGUAUGGAAUGUAAGAAGAAAUGUAGUGCAUUUUGUCUCCGAAAGGGGCCAAGUUACUGUAGUCAUAUUAAUGGCAGAUGUUUUCAUGGAUGUCAGGCUGGUUGGCAGGGAGCACACUGCAAUAGAACAUGUGUUAAUGGCAGGUAUGGUAGAAACUGUGUAUUAACUUGUAGCGGUAACUGCAGAAAUAACUCCAUCUGCAGUAACGUUGAUGGUGGCUGCGAGCAAGGUUGUAAGACAGGCUACACAGGAAAUAGGUGCAACAAAAGCUGCGGAACUGGAUAUUAUGGUGAUAAAUGUGCGCAACGUUGCAGUGAUAAUUGUUUCAAAAACACCUGUAAUAGUGGAAAUGGCAACUGCUUCCAUGGAUGUAAACCCGGAUGGGUAGGAUUACAAUGUGAUCAAGAGUUAUUGAAAGAACCACCGCCCCCGGAACUACAACAACCAUUAUUACCACCACAACUGUUACAGCCGGAUUAUGUUAAGUAUCCUGAAGAUCAUAUGGGUUUGGAUGAUGAAGAUGAAGAAUUGAAGCCAGGGUCAGAAUUGGAGGCAAUG